AUGGAGCGGCUCAUCCUCACCCAUCUCCGCUCUGUGGUCAUUCCCACCCUGGACCCGCUGCAGUUCGCCUACAGGCCCAACAUCGGAAAGUGGUCUCGACGGGUCCGUACGGGGGGGGGGGGGGGGGGGGGGGGGGGGGAGUGGGGGGGGCGGGGGGGGGAUGGGGGCGGGGGGGGAAGGUGGGGGGGGGGGGGGGGGGCGACCGUUGAAACGCAGGGGGGGGGGAGGGGGGCCGGUACGGGGGGGGCGCGGGGGGGGGGGGGAGACGGCGGGGGGGGUGGGGGGGCGGGGGGUGGGGGGGGGAGGGGGGGGGGAGGGGGGUGGGGGGCGAGGGGGGGAAGGGGGGGGGGAGCCGGAGGGGGGGGGGGAGGGGGGCCGGGGGGGGGAGGGGGGAGGGGCCGGGGGGGGGGAGGGGGGGGGGGCGGAGGGGGGGGGGCAGGGGGGGGCGGCGGGGGGGGGAGGGGGGGGGGGGGGGGGGGGGGGGGGGGGGGGGGGGGAGGGGGGGGGGGGGCAGGGGGCGGGGGGGGGGGGGGGGGGGGGGGGGGGGGGCGGGGGGGGGGGGGGGGGGGGGGGGGGGGGGGGCGGGGGGGGGGGGGGGGCGGGGGGGGGGGCGGGGCGGGGGGGGGGGGGGGGGGGCGGGGGGGGGGGGGGGGGAGGGGGGGCGGGGGGGGGGGCGGGGGGGGGGGGGGAGGGGGGGUGAGAGGGGGGGGGAGGGGGGGGGGGGGGGGGGGGGGCGGGGGGCGGGGGGGGGGGGGGGCCGGGGGGGGGGGUGAACGGGGGGGGGGGGGCAGGAGGGGGGGGGGGGGGGGGGGAGGGGGGGGGCGGCGGGGGGGGCUGGGGGGGGCGGGGGGGGGGGGGGGGGGGGGGGGGGGAGCGGGGGGGGGGUGGGGGGGGGGGGGAGGGGGAGGGGGGGGGCGGAGGGGGGGGGGGGGGGGGGGGGGGGGGGGGGGGGGGGGGGGGGUGAGGGGGGGGGGGGGGGGGGGGGGUGGGGGGGCGGGGGGGGGGGGGGGGGGGGGAAGACACAAGUGGUUUUCUUCAACUGAUGAAUUUAUUAGCAUCCAUCUUGUACAGAUCCAUAUAAACACACCGUGA